AUGACGCUGACCACGUACUCGAUCGCAUUCCAAAAUAUAUUUAUGGUGGCUCGUAUACACUCGGCGAGUAGCGCAGUCAACCGAAAUUUAAAAAAAAAUAUUCAGUUCGAUCAAAUAGAUCACUCGAGAAGCGCCGUAAAGGUCAGGGAACAAGCGCUAGCCUACAUGUCGAUAUGCGACAUCAUCAGAGAGAUAUCAGCUAGCGAAGCGGUGAUCAGCAUUUUACUUCUUGUGGGCUCCAUUACGAGGCUCAUGCUGUCAGCGCACGUGCUGGUUGAACCCGAAAAUGGCAAAAAUAUGAGCUGGAUAUUGAUAUUAUCAUGUCUUGAAUUUAUAUGGGGACUAAAUACGACCAUCAAAACGAUCCUAGUGAUAGAACCGUGCCAUCGCACUCAUCAUCAGCUAAGGAUGACAAAAGUCUUAAUAAAUGUUUCAAGAAGAGAACGGUACGAUGAUGUGGAAGUCGCCAACGAGCUGAAGCUUUUCAACUAUCUGUGCUGUCUCAACGAGCCCACCUUCUCUCCGUUUGGAAUUUGCACCUUGGACAGAUCUCUCAACACAAGAAUUCUGGGAUUCGUUACAACAUUCUUUGUAGCCUUUACACAAAAUCGCUUUGAGAAAAAGUUUUGAGAUAGUUCGUCAAUUAUUUUACCCAUUAGAUAUGUAAUGCAGCAGACAGAAUUCAGGACUGAAACAUUUUUAUGCUUGGUC